ACUCGGGGGAAUCAGAAGCAGUGCUCAUUUCGCCUUCUCUCCGAAGCCAAAAUCAUGACCAAGAAGCGAAGAAGCAGAGCAAACAAAGAGUAGAAGAAGAGAAGAGAAAAAGCCGAAGCUUCUCGUCAAAGUCUUCUCCACCACCCCACCCUCCUACUCACUUCCCUUCUUUGCUGUUCCACCAUUAAAGCACUCACGCCCUUCCCACGAGAAAGCAAUCUGGAAUCUCCUCUCCAUCCCCACUCCCACCAUUCUUUCACGGAUAAAGCCCACAAAGAGAUUUAUACUCUUUUUUUUCUUUAAAUCCCAAACCCCACCAUUUCCCUUCUCCAUCACCAAUUGUAGCUUUGAGGUAUGCAAGGAAGGAAAAGAGUGAUGAGCGGUGUGAUGAAAGGAGUCGUGGUCGCUGUUGCUCGCCGCAUUAGCAGCUUAUUUUUAGUAUUUUUGGUACUAUUUUCUGUGUGUUGUCUUCCAAAGAAGACGUGGGCGAUUCUGGAUCCAGUGGACUUCCUCGCUCUGCAGGCGGUGAGGAAGUCGCUGGAGGACAUGCCGGGGUCGGCGUUCUUCGCCGGGUGGGACUUCACCGGCGACCCCUGCGGCUUCCCGGGGGUCUUCUGCGCCGGCGACCGCGUCGUGGCCCUCGCCCUCGGCGACCCCCGCGCCGGGUCCCCCGGCCUCUCCGGCCGCCUCGACCCCGCUCUCGGCCGCCUCUCCGCCCUCGCCGAGCUCUCCCUCGUCCCCGGCCGCGUCAUCGGCUCCAUCCCCGACUCCCUCUCCCUCUGCUCCGACCUCCGCUUCCUCGCCCUCAGCAAGAACUUCCUCUCCGGCCCCAUCCCUGACUCCCUCGGCUCCCUCCGACGCCUACGAACUCUCGACCUCAGCUACAAUCAGCUCUCCGGCUCCAUCCCUGCCUCCCUUCCCUCCAUUCCGACGCUGGCUAACCUGGUUCUCUGCCAUAACCGCCUGUCCAGCUCCAUCCCGACCUUCCCCGACGGGGCGCCGCUCCUCCGCCUGGAUCUCAAGCACAACGACCUCUCCGGCCCGGUCCCGGCGCUGCCGCCGUCCCUCCAGUACCUCUCCCUCUCCUCGAACCGGCUGGCCGGCCGGGUCGACGGGGUGCUCCCCGGGUUGACCCGGCUCAACUACCUGGACCUCAGCAUGAACCAGCUGGAGGGCCCCAUUCCGGGCUGCGUCUUCUCCUUCCCUCUUGCAUCCCUCCAGCUGCAGCGCAAUGUCUUCUCCGGCCCGGUGGCGCCGGCGGCCGCGGCGGAUGUGGCGAUCCCGGUGGUGGACUUGAGUUACAACCGGUUAUGGGGGCCGGUGCCGCCGCAGCUGGCGGCGGUGGGGAGGCUGUAUCUGAAUAACAACCGGUUCACCGGGGAGGUGCCGGGGAGAUUGGUGCAGGGUUUGAUGGGGGGAAUGCAGCUGCUGUACCUGCAGCACAAUUAUCUGACAGGGGUGGAGAUCAGCCCGACGGCGGCGAUACCGGUGGGAGCGUCGCUGUGCCUGCAGUAUAAUUGCAUGGUGCCGCCGGUCGACGCCCCAUGCCCGGUCAAGGCCGGGACGCAGAAGACCCGGCCUACCGACCAAUGCCCGGAGUGGCAGGGAUGAUGGAACAGGGGAAAAGGAAGAAAGAACAGAGAAUUUCAUCUUAUACUAUUCUUUUAUUUAUUUUGGAGGUAUUUUUUUUUGGAUGUGGAUGACAGUGAGGGGAAAUAAGGCAUGGUGGUGGUCGAGAUUUUGGGUUGAGCUGUUGUUAAGAUGUUAUUAAAGUUAUAUAUAAUUAUGUGAUUUUAUUGAUAUUUACUAGAGGUAAUGUGCAUAGUAUAAUUGUAAUGUGUAGAAAUGUUGGAUUUAGUGGGUGUUGGCUUUGCUGUUAUGGAUGUUGGAUGAGUAAUUUGCGCAUUCAUAUGUGAUGUGAUUCUAUGGUAUUAGUUGGAAUUGGAAUUAGUUUGAUGGUAUUGUGCUGGGCUAUGUA